UAGCACCGUGCUCACAUAAAGGGCGAUAUGCAACAAUGGUCAAAGCAUUAACCACCAAACAUUAGCCACCAUGUCUAUUCCUACUCAGCAGAAAGCCCUGCUCUUGCCGUCCAAGGGAGCUGAUUUUACGUUGGUGACCAUCGAUGUUCCGAAACCAGAAGCCGGAGAAGUUCUCGUCCGCGUCGAAGCCGUUGGUCUGAACUCCUUGGAUUAUAAGAUUCAAGAGUUAGGCUUCUUCGUCUCCGAAUUCCCUGCCAUCUUAGGUUGCGAUGCCUCUGGCGUCGUUGUUGACAUUGGUAAUGGCGUUACUGAUUUGGGAAUCGGAGACAAAGUAUUGCUUGAGCCAAACCCCGGUUAUCGGAAUGCUGCUUUUCAGCAGUUCACAAUCAUCAAGGCAUCUCUCACUUCGAAGAUUCCUGCAAACAUCUCGUUCGAUGAAGCUGCUACCCUCCCGUGCUGCCUCAUGACUGCAGCGAUCGGUUUGUACGCGGGCUUUGUUCCUCAUCUCCUGAGGGGAGGCGCCAGCCUGACACCUUUCUGGGCGGAGGGUGGACGCGGGAAAUAUGCUGGGCAGCCAAUUGUCAUCUUUGGGGGUGCUACUUCCGUAGGACAGUAUGCUAUCCAACUUGCUCGCAUUUCGGGAUUUUCUCCCAUUAUCACCACCACAUCUUUGCGCAACGCAGAGCGUCUCAAAUCCAUUGGAGCAACUCAUGUCAUCGAUCGCGGCUUCUCCCAAGCCGACAUUAUCGCGAAGGUGAAAGAGAUCACCGCCAAACCUGUCCAUGUAGUCUAUGAUGCUGUCAGCAUUCCAGAGACUCAAAACACAGGUUACGACAUUAUUGCACCUGGAGGAACUCUUCUUGUCGUCCUACCAGCGGCUGUUGAUCAGGAGAAAAUAACAUCAGACAAACACUUCUUCAUGGUCUUGGGGAGCGUACAUGUCCCCGAAUACGAAGAGUCCGCUGCAGGAUUGUUCCGGGUUCUACCGGAGCUAUUGGCCUCGGGACAAAUUAAGCCCAAUGUUCCGGGAUAUAUUCCCGGCGGUCUUUCUGGUAUAACUGAGGGACUGGAAAAGUUGAAGAGGAACGAAGUCAGUGCGAAGAAGCUUGUUAUUCGUCCUUCCGAGACGAUCUGAAGUGACUACUGAGAGCCUGGCCAAACUAGAUAUCGCUCACUUUGGCUGUGUUCUAUCAUGAUUUUGCUUAACAGGUACUCCCAGCUGUGUUGAUUCGAAAUGUAUAUUCUUCACUUCAUGUAUGCAUGAUCUUGGAAGUCAAGUGAUGACCCUUAAAUGAGGACAAACGGGUAUGUUUGUAGGGUACCAUGCGCUUCUCCGAUUUCUCCUAUGCGUGCGUAGGUGGCCACUUGCAACGUUGUGAGGGACAGGGAAUAAAUCGUCGAGCAGGUC